CCGCAAAGAACACAUCCACAAGCGCUGGGCCAUCUGCCCCUGGGAGGGAUGACCUCUUCAACAAUCUACUCCUCUGUAUUUCCAUACAAGGGAAGCACAAUGGUUUUUGGACUUCGUUGUUCAGGUGAACUGUUUUAGGCCAGCUGUUUUCAUGCGACCCACUUGCUUUCCGGGCGCUGAGGGAGCGAACGACGUUCUUCCUCUCGGUACCAUCGUCUCGUUCGACAAGAUUUCUGGAGGUUUGCUCAAGCUGCAGACUAACGUCUUGUACGAUCAGUGCAAACUGCCUUUCAGAGAUGUUAAGGGUGUGAUAGUGGUCUUCAAGAGUUUCGCGGGUUACGGCUCGAACAUGAUGCUGUGCCCUCACUUCAAAGGGCUUUACGAUGGCAAGCAUCUUCCACUGCCAGUGCAAUACCUCGGUCUCAUGCUGAAGGUGCCGAAAGAACGCCCGGUUCUUUCGCGAGAAUAUGUUUUCCGGCUUCUGCCAGCCCAUGAGGGGUCGUCCGGCUUGGUUCAAGAAACUGCUGAGACGCCAGUGGGGCACGGGAGUGCGAUUCACGACGUUGAGGGUCGUGGCAACGGGCACACGCGCAAAAUUCACACGCAGUUCGGCCCGGAUGCUCCUGGGAACACGUCAGACUUGCAUUCUCCAGAUGCAGGGACUCUCCAGGCCGGAACUCCGAAAAUCCUCAAGGUCCGCUGCCAGGGCGACACGUAUUCACUUCGAGAUGAGACAGGAAGAGAAUCCUGCAGAUCGGGGCAAGAGGUUGGAGGGAGUGAGGCUAAAGGGAUGGGCGAUGUACGCGAAAGCUUUGGCGGGGAGCCGACUUCUUCGGAGAAGAAGCGCGAGCGACAGAGGAUGGUGCGAGAGGAGGUGGUGGAGGAAACCCGCCGCAUGAAGAGGAUUAAAGGGCAAUCGGAGCCGGUGAUGGGCGGGGAUGGAGGUGACGUCGGAGAAUGUGCCUCGGGAAAGAGGGCGCCUGGGAUGCGUGGCGGACAAGAACAUGGAGUCGUAAAGAGGACGUCGAAGGAAGAGGGCGCGACGACAAGUAAGAAAGCGAGGGGGCCCGACGGUUUGACCAUCCGCGAAGGACAAGCCAUGGGUGGAGGAGAUUCGGCUCAUCCAGGCGUUGCGGCCGCGGGAGAACCUUCGGGUAAAUCCAAAAGGAAAGUGGCAGCUGAAGAAGGCGAUGGCCAAAAGAAACCUCGAAGGAGGAAGACUGCUGAGGCGGCGAGCGGUGGCGAACGAAGUGUCGGUGGGCAGUACGACGAAGCGGCAGCGUUCUGGCUCGAAUACGAGCGGAACGAUGACGGUGAUAUCGUGGAGAAGGAGCUCUCCGUCCAACUGCUCAUCGACCCCAGGAAGGUCUGCGACAUCCCGCCUAGGGAAAGAUAUUACAACCACUGUAGUCUCAAUCGUGAAAAUGCAGAGGACAUCAAGGCUGCGAUGCUAAGUCACUUCCACAAGGAAAAGGGGAAGAUCUGGACGAAAAACCCUUUGGUUAUGGCACCCAUCUACAAGCCGGUGACACAUAGGCCGGAGAAAGCUGACAGGGUUCACAAAGAUGUCUUCAAGCCAGAGGACAAGGACAAGUACUACUAUUACCCUGUCAACGGACAACACACCGUGGCUGCUGUGAAGGAGCUGGUGGAUGAGCCAAUAUUCGAAUUGUGGAAGAUGCACUCGUGGCCGGCAAGAGUAGUGUGGUUCUCCGACGAAGAUUUCGCGAGGUAUGUGCAGUGGAUGCCGCUCGUGACGGCCGGUGAUAACGUUUUCCGUAAAGGCAUGGUCUUCUACGAGAAAUGGGCGGAGGGGAAGUUGUUUGGCAGUGACGGGAAGACGCCAUUGUCGAGGCCGGGCAAACACAUGCCAGACAAAUCUCCGGGUCUUCAAGCAAUUCCAAAAAUGGGCUCGAAAGGGGCGGUUGGUGAAAUAAAGAUGGGGUGGCUGGUCCGGGUCCCACCGCCUCAGACCAAAAAGAAAACACAAGCGGACGACAAGUUUUUCGUGGUCGUGAAGGAGCCAGACAUGUUCUGUUGGCAGUGUCUCGCCGACAUGACCGAUGUCGAGAAACUCUCGAUCCUCGACGACAUUCUCGCACUAAGGGGAGUGUUCGUGCAAUCGGCUAGCGGGCAUCUGAAACGUCAACAUAAACCUGGAAUUAAAGACAUCAUCGCGACGAGGAAAGUGGACCGCGUGAUGCUCCGUAUGUUUCAUUACAUCUUGUUCCUUGAAACGGAGGAGGACAAAGAUGUUUGGUGCUACGGGAGCCAUUUUUUCCGGAUCGAGGGGCGGCUUCUGGAGGAGUUCGGGCCGCAGGGCCUCACGAAACAAGUGUGGGUCGAACUGCGAAAGCAUUCGCAGUGCGAAAGCAUUCGCAGGGCGUGGAAGAUUGGGCAAACUAUUUUUAUCUUUGGGAAGGCGCAUGCGUCUGUCGUGUGGGAGCUCCUGCGGAAUGGUUGGAACGUCGACGCGUUGGAGAACGAGGCGAAGAUGAUCGAUUACCUUAACGAGUUCGUGAAGACACGCGUGGCAGAUACUCGCAAUGAUUGCACUUUUGUCCAAACCACCGGCGAACGAAACAGGGAUCCCAAAUAUGACAUGUAUUGGAAAUUGUCGGCGAACAAAAGGACGGAGGUUUGGGACUUCCUUUUCCAACCCGGACCGCCUGCUCAAACCGACCUCGAAUACAGUCGACGGAGAAACCUGGUGUUCGGUGUGGUAAAUGCGUACCACGAUGCACCCAGGGAGUCUGUCUCGCAUUUCCUGAAAAGGCUGGAGCACGUUUACUUCUUGAUGGCCGAACCGCUCACCCUCAAAAACUACAAGGCACAGUUUGACGAGGAGGACCCUUUCGACGUUGAAGACAUGGAGGAGUUGAGCGACUCCGAGACCUUCGAUUUCGAGUCCAUGCCACUUCCUCGGGUGGUUGGACAGGUUGGUGAUGAAGGGGAAGGUGGUCCUCGGAGAUAUAGCACAUCCCUUGCCAGUUUGAAGCGUGUGUUUCGGUGCGAACCAGUCGAUAACCAAUCGUCUGAUGACGGGGAGAAAGAGAGAGACUAUGAUUACGAACCUUGUGAUAAGCUUUCUGUGGACCAUGAUACCUGGGAGAAUGAGAGACUCUUCUUCUUUGGCAAGCAUCACCGUCAGCAUCUGGGAAGGGGUGGAGGGGGAGACAAAGGAGACGACGGGGGGGGCGGAGGAAACGGCUCACAAUUUGUCGGAAAGGGGACAAGCGAAACAUCGUGGGGGGAGAAGGCGUUCGGCGGAAAGGGGUCAGGCGGAAAGGACUCGGGCGGAAAGGGGUCGGGCGGGAAGGCGUUAGGCGGGAAGGGGUCGGGCGGGAAGGGGUCGGGCGGGAAGGGGUCUGGCGGGAAGGGGUCAGGCGGAAAGCGUAGAACGUCCGGGAGUCCCGAGUAUGUGGUAACUGACGCCCACUGCGUAGGGAGUCGAGAUUCCGACAUGCGAGACGUGGCCACCCUGAAUUCUGAUCAAGUGCGAGUAGAUUCGCACUUGUCUGCAAGGACUUUGUUUCCUGAUGCCGUGGAGAGUCAAUCCCACCGUGCGCAACAGAGGUCUCCUGUGCCUACCACCGUGCUCCUGAAAGAGGGCGGACGUCUGCAGCAUACGGCAGCAUCUCCUGAGCGGCGAGAAUAUUCCUUGAAAGGAACUGCGUCUUCGUUUUGCCUGGAGGGCAGGAUGCCUGCAUUGCGAAGGAGGGAAAGUGCGACCUUCAGUUCCCUCAGCUCGGGCGAGCGCCACAAACUCCGAAUAGAUUCAAAGUUGUUGACAUCGCCCUGGAGGCUUGCCACCAGAAGUGCUCCUCAAGCUACAGUUCCACGGGGCCAAGAAAAUUUGACGUUCUACCCCCCGCAUCUUAAGUUGGGCACAGGGUUCCCCUGCCCACCUCCGUUCUCAAAUGUUGAGACUCGAGACUGGCGGUCCCGCGACUUGCUGGAGGGCCCCGCUGUAGGAGUGUUGGAGACUGGGGUUGGCGAGUACGAACGUCAUGCUUCGGAGGGUGCGCUAGUCGACAUUGGUAGCAAGAGUGCAGCGGCUAGUGGGGAAGAGGAGCGCUCUUCUGGAACGCGUGCUGGUGUCGACCGUGUCGUUAAGGGAGGUCAGUGCACGUUCGUGCAAGCUCCCGUUCUUGGCGAUGAUGAAGGCGAAGAAGAACCCGCGGUGGAAGCUCGAGUUCAUGGCGAUGAGAAAGGCGGAGAACCCGUGGUGGAAGGAGGUGAGGUGACGGUCGGCAUCCAGACGGAUCUACAUCGGAAAGAUGAUGAUUCUUCGCCCACCCGUUGCGGUGACGAACAAGGUGGUCGAGCGUCUGUCCUCGGUACCGGUCGGGGAAUGGUGCUUCAUGAAGCCAUAGAGUUGGGCAACGACUCAACUGCCAAAGAGUUGGGUAACGAUUCGGCUGCCACCGAGCUGGUUAGAGACUCAGGCAUGGUCGAGGUGCAGAACGUCGAAUCCUCCAUGAAAGGUGGUGAGGUGGCCGUCAGCAUCAAGAUGGAUCCUGAGCGGAAAUAUCAUGAUUCUCCGUCCACCCAUUGCGGUGCAGAACAAGGUGAUCGAGUGUCUGUCCUCAGUACCGGUCGGGAAAUGGUGCUUCAUGAAGCCAUCGACUUGCCUAGCGACUCAGCUGCCACCGAGCUGGUUAGCGACACAGUCGUGGCCGAGGUGCAGAACGUCGAAUCGUCCGUGGACGUUGGCGCCAUGGCGCAACAGGAGGGCGAUUUCCCUCAAAGGGCUCCCGAGAAUGGUAAGAUUUGUGAGUAGGACCACUCGCAUAUUUGUCACUAACCAGCUCUGUGUUCGUCCAAAUUGAUAUGAUGGGCUCAUGUACCUAUUACCACUUGUU